GGUCCUAAUGGAAAACUAGAUAUCGUGCGAGACUUUUGUUUAAGCGGGAAGCGAAGGGAUGGAAAAAAAUUAAUUCAUCUGAAAUGUCGAUCUAUGGCUGUCUGAAUCUGUAAACAUGAUUACCAAUAAGUAAAAGAAGAAACAAACCCUAGAAUAUAGGAACUAUGGAUCGGAUCCUUAAAGCUGCAAGAACUUCUGGUUCUUUAAAUCUAUCUUAUAGAUCUCUCACGAAAGUACCAGAUGAAGUUUACAAAAAUUUGGAGGGGUUAGCAGAUGGUGGAAACUGGUGGGAGAGUGUGGAACUACAAAAAGUGAUUUUAGCUCAUAAUGAAAUUGAAGUUUUGAAAGAAGAUGUUAGAAAUUUAUCCAUGUUAGCCGUCUUAAAUAUCAGUCAUAAUAAGCUAACUCAGCUUCCAGCUGCUGUAGGAGAGCUUCAAAUGCUAAAAUCACUGGAUGUGUCAUUUAACUUGAUAGACAAUAUACCUGAAGAUAUUGGAUCAGCUGCUUCUCUUGUCAAGCUUGAUUGCUCGAACAACAAACUUAAAGAACUCCCAAGCUCCCUAGGAAGAUGCGUAAAUUUGUCAGACCUUAAGGCCUCCAACAAUAGCUUAACAAGUUUGCCGGGAGAUCUGUGCAACUGCUUAAAAUUGGUGAAACUGGAUGUUGAGGGGAACAAAUUAACAAUUUUGUGUGAGAACAAUCAAAUGUCAUGGACAACGCUUACUGAACUGAAUGCUUCCAAAAAUUUGCUGAGCAGCAUCCCAGAAAAUAUAGGAAUUCUUUCACGACUUAUUCGUUUAGACCUCCAUCAGAACAGGAUUACUUCUAUCCCAUCAUCAGUCGCUGGUUGCAGUUCGCUCACCGAAUUCUCAAUGGGGAACAACAUGCUCUCUUCCAUACCGGCAGAAAUAGGGGCUCUCACACAAUUAGGAACACUGGAUCUUCAUUCAAAUCAGCUGAAGGAAUUCCCUGUCGAGGCAUGCAAGUUGCAGGUUUCAGUCCUAGAUUUGUCAAACAAUUCACUCUCAGGACUACCUCCAGAAAUUGGCAUGAUGACAAGUCUAAGAAAGCUUCUGCUCGUUGGUAAUCCGAUGCGAAGUCUUCGAAGCUCGCUGGUGAAUGGUCCUACACCGGCUUUAUUGAAGUAUCUCCGAAGUAGAGUCUCUGCUGAUGAAGGGUCUGCUUCCACUUCCUUGAAAGAAGAUGUAAUUGUCAAGGCAGCUCGGCUCUCUCUCUCUUCCAAGGAACUUUCUCUAACUGGAUUGGGUUUGGUCUCAGUUCCACCUUCAGUUUGCGAAUCAAGUGAUAUUGUAAAAGUUGAUCUUUCUAGAAAUUCCAUUCAAGGGCUACCUGACGAGCUUUCAUCAUGUAGCUCCCUUCAGACUCUGAUAUUGUCGGGGAAUAAAUUGAAGGAAUGGCCUGGUUCAGUCCUAAGCUCUCUCCCUAAUCUGUUAUGUUUAAAGUUGGACAACAAUCCCCUUACAAAGAUCCCUUCAGAUGCAUUUGGAGCUCUCUCGAAACUCCAAAUACUGGAUUUGAGUGGUAACGCUACUUCAUUACCACAACCUCCUGCAUUCUCUAGCUUACUCCAGUUGCAAGAGCUUUACCUGAGGCGUAUGCAACUACAUGAUAUCCCUUCAGAUUUACUAUGCUUACAACAGCUGCGGAUUCUUGAUUUGAGCCAAAAUUCACUUGUAUCAAUACCAAAGGAAUUUGGGAGAUUUACAUCUCUCAUUGAGCUUAACCUUUCUGACAACAACAUCUCAAUGAUUCCACCGCAGCUGGGUUUACUGGAAGAUAGCUUACAGGCUUUGAGACUCGAUGGGAAUCCAUUGAGAAGCAUACGACGUGCCAUUUUGGAUCGUGGAACCAAAGGAGUUUUGAGUUAUUUGAAGGAACGGAUUCCAGAGUAGUAAUUUCACAAUAGCUCAUGUUUGGAUGUUCCUGUUAUCUUCUUAUUCCUACUUGUAUCUCUGCUGAAUUUAUUGAUUGAUUGAUUUUUCAUUUGAACCUCAGUUGAAGUUUAUUUAUUCUGUUCUGUUUGAAAAGGCCAGAAAAUUGUAUGGGUGGCUACACGGAAACCUUAUAAGCCUGAAUAAACUCUGUAUGAUACUUUUAAUUUUUUAAGUGAUAUGGCACAGGACGAAAAAUCCAGAUGUUUCUCUCCCAGAUGGACUUGGCAACAAAAGCCGAUUUGGUGACAGUUGAAAAAGGAGGUUCCAACAUGUUAAUCUCUGACCAUGGUUGAGUUGAAUGGUUAUUAUAUAUAUGAAAAAGAUAAAGAUGUAUUUUACCUACCCUUGUGGUAGCUAUUGUGGACAUUCAUUGACUUAAGUAAUGAGAUUGUUGGUGCAA